AUGGUUUUCACAUCACCCUUUCCGUCACUUGACAUACCCAAGACAAACCUCCUCACAUAUCUCUUUCCCGAAGACCAACUCCCACAAGAAGACCCGCUGUGGCUCGACUGCAAGGAUGACAGGAUCAACCUGUCUCCCAAAGAGCUCGUCGAAUGGGUUAAGCGGCUGUCGUUUGGACUUGAGAGGAUCGGCGUCAAGCGCGGCGACGUGGUCCUGAUUUGCACUCCCAACCAAAUCUUCGUUCCCGUCGCCUACCUAGGAAUCGUCGGUGCCGGCUGCAUCUUCAGUGGCGCCAACCCGGCUUAUACGAUCCCUGAGCUCGUCCACCAGCUCAAUAACACGACAGCCAAAGUCAUUCUUGCCCACCCAGACCACCUCGAUCACGUCCUCGCAGCCGCCGAAAAGGCCAAUGUGCCCAAGAACCGCAUUUUCCAGUUUUCCGACACAGAUGCGGCCACCCGCCAUGGCAUUCCCGACUGGCGUGCCCUCCUCGGCACCCCCUCCGAAGUCAAGACGUACCGCUGGCCCGAUCUCACCCCGUCCGAAUCUGAAACGACCGUCGCCACGAUCAACUACAGCUCCGGUACGACCGGCCUCCCAAAGGGCGUCUGCGUCUCCCACCGUAACCUCAUCGCCAACGUCGAGCAGACAAUCGUCAUGCGCUACGCUCAUAAGCCGUACCCCUUUGUCUCGCGCCCCGCCGAGCGCUGGAUCGGCUUCCUCCCCCUCUACCACGCCUACGGCCAGCUCUACACCAUCCUCAUGGCCAUCCGGCUGCGCGUGCCCGUCUACGUGAUGCGCGAGUUCCGCUACGAGGACUUCCUCGCCGCCAUUGGCCGCUACCGCAUCACGAGCCUGCAGGUGGCGCCGCCCAUCCUCGUCAUGCUGUCGAAGCGCCGCGAGACGGCGCGCUACGACCUCAGCAGCGUCCGCGACGUGCUCUGCGGCGCGGCGCCGCUGUCGCGCGAGCUGCAGAACGAGUGCCAGCGCCGCUUUGGCGUCCAGAUCAACCAGGGCUGGGGCAUGACCGAGGUGACCUGCGGGGCGCUGCACGUGCCGGGCGGUAUCCGUGACGACACGGGGAGCGUCGGCCAACUCGACCCCAACUGCGAGAUGCGGCUCGUCGACGAUGAGGGGCGCGAGGUCGGUGUCGGGCAGCCCGGGGAGAUGGUCGUUCGAGGGCCCAACGUCUGUCUAGGCUACUGGCGGAACGAAGCUGCGACGAAGGAGUGUAUCGACAGCGAGGGCUGGCUGAAGACGGGGGACAUUGCCGUCUGCGACAAGAAAGGGUUCUUCUGGAUUGUCGACCGAAAGAAGGAACUCAUCAAGGUCAAUGCGCUGCAAGUAGCGCCGGCUGAACUGGAGGCCGUUCUUCUCGAGAACGAGCAUAUUGCAGACGCGGCGGCGGUAGGCAUCACGGUCAACGGGGAGGAGAAGCCAAGAGCCUACGUCGCCAUUCAGGAGGACUCCAAGGGCAGGGUCACGCCGGCGGACGUUGCGGAAUGGAUCAAGACGCGCGUGGCCAAGCACAAGCGAUUGACUGGUGGGGUCGUGUUCGUAGAGGAGGUGCCCAAGCUGGCGAGCGGAAAGAUCCAGCGGAAGACAAUGCGCGAGUGGGCCAAGAGGGAUGCGACGGCGAUUGAAGCCGCCAGCCAACAAGAGAGGGCGAGGCUGUAG